CAAUAGCGGGAAGCAGAAGAAUCUUCGAACCCCAACACUUCAAGAAAAGAAAAAAAACGAGGACACUCGUCCCACUAUUUAUACAGAGUAGUCGUUUUAGGGUUGUAAAAGACUCGCGUGUUUUAAUUUCGCAGCCAUGGAUGAUGUCAGGAGCACCUCUGCUUGGGUCGCCAGCAACUCUUCUCACGUCGUCGUCGACUCUUCAGGGAUUGAGAAAGUGGCGGAGACAAUAGACGAAAUUCCGAAGGUGAGCUGGGAUUUUGAAGGGAUUCACUACUUCGACAAUGGCCCGCUCACUGUUCAGUACCUCUUUGUGUUGGAUGCUUUGAACUUCUGCUUUUGGCCUGAUAAGGACUUGAAUUACGACAAUUUGGCAGCAGGACUAAAGGAAGCUCUCCUAAAUGACAAAUCUGCGUUUGGUGCUGCUCGUCUGCAGAAGUACACUGGUCCUGAACUGAGGGAGCUGUUGAAAUGGCCUAGGCCUCUACCUUUGGAGGAUGAGAGAGUUCGCUUGUUACAUGAGGUUGGGCACGAGCUGGAGAGAAGCUUCGAUGGAAAAGCAUCCAAUCUUGUAGAGUCCUGUGGAAAAUCAGCUGUUAAGCUUGUAGCUAUGGUUACACGUCACUUUCCUGGCUUUCAAGACCACUCGGUUUACAAAGGCCACCAAAUAUUCUUGUAUAAAAGAGCUCAGAUACUUGCUGCGGAUUUAUGGGGCGCAUAUGGUGGCAAAGGGUAUGGAGAGUUUUAUGAUAUUGGGUCAAUCACUAUUAUGGCCGACUAUAUAGUUCCAGCUGUGCUUCGGCAGCUUGGUGUGCUCAAAUAUAGUGAAACCCUUGCCAGCAUGAUUGAGAAGAGAAGUGAGAUAGAACCAGGCAGUGAGGAGGAAGUUGAACUACGAGCUUGCUCCAUACAUGCUGUGGAGAAAAUGAAGGACUUGAUCAGCAUGAAAUUGGGGAGAAAGGUUCUGAGUAUUGAGUUAGACCUUUGGCUGUGGUCGUUUGGCAUCCAGUGUCCUGCCCUGCAACACCACCGAACGCUCUCUAUUUAUUAUUGAGUGACUGCAUUUUAUCACGUAGGAAGAUGGAAAACUUUUGGCUUUAAAGUUUCGUCAUGCUUUCAGAUUCAGGAUGGUUGAGGCUUCUCAAAAUUUGCUGUCACAUGUAGUUCCUAGGUAGUAGUGUAGAACGUCUUUCUUCCAAUUGAAACCUGGUGUUCAUUUGGGACAUGAAUUUUUAUUAAUGUUUUUUAGGCUAUGAAAUUUGGU